AUGAAGGAAGCUCUUGAUGUAGUGUUGGCGGAGGCAUCAGUGUCUCACUGUUCCUUAACUUUCAUCAUGGACAAGACGUCUUCCUAUUUUCAUGAGGCGCUGAGGAUUCAUGUGCCCGCAACGAAGACUGGAGGGGAUAUGGUCCUCGAUGUGGCGGUCGCCGGAAGCGUUGGUGUUAAUGGCACCAUGACCCAAGUAGUGGCUCAGGCGCGUAAGUGCAAUCACUUUGGAGAUGAGGCUACCCCAGACUGUCGCAAAUUGGCACGUGUGUUUCCGCCUUUACUAGUACAUACACAACAGAUGCGGCUGAUGUCUUGGUGUGCAUUGGUGGUUGUCUUCAGCGACUACCCGACCUUUCUGUCUGUUUUCGCGGAGAUGGCUGAUGAAGGUCGGCUGAUGGUGUGGGAAACAAAACUCUUAGUAAUCACCAGGCUUCCUUUGUCGAGCCUUGAAGACCUGAUGCAGAAUUACUGGACCUUCUCCAUGAUGAACACAAUGUUCCUUAAACUCAACGCAUCAUCAGGAGAAAACCAUUGCCAGAUAUAUGCACACAUGCCAUAUGGACCCACCGGAUCCCAUGUAGCACAAUUGGCAAGUCUGAAGUCUGGCCAUGCUUUGGGGUAUCUCAGUGACAAAACGCUGUUCCCUGAAAAGUACAAUAAUUUCCACGGUAUGAAGGUUAACCUCACAUGGAUUCCUUUAACACCGGGUUGGAUGGUGAUAAAACGACCAGGACCAAACGGCACAGAAGUAACCACGUUCGGUGGAAGGGAAUAUUGGAUCAUGGAAAACAUCGGAUCGAUCCUCAACUUUUCUCUGAACCCUCUCCCAUAUACAGGAUGGGAUCCCGUAAUGAAGCGUUUGAGGACUCGUGAAGCAUUCCUUUGGCCUGUUACCCUGCCAAUAUUGCCACACAUGUUGGAACUGUAUGACUUCGGGUUUUUCCUCGAGCGAUCCACUUUGGCCUUCACGAUGGCUAAGCCGUCCACCAAAUCUAGCUGGGAGAGCCUUUAUCGUCCUCUGCGUAUCGAGGUGUGGGGCCUUAUAGCGGUUGCAGUUGUGGUUGUCUACAUUGUUCUUAUGGUGAUGAAUGCAUACGGUAAAGACGAAGUACCUGGUGCAUGGCUAGUAAUGAAGCAGGUACUUGGGACACUUCUUGACGAGGCCAUCCCUGGAGAGCUGCCACUUAGAAGUACCACGAGGGUGGUUUUGACGACAUGGCUGAUCUUUAGUUUCGUCGUGGGAACAGUUUACCGCAGCAAUCUCACUGCCUGCCUUACCAUACCAUUGUACCCUUCUCGCAUCGAGACCUUCAGCGGACUGGUUGAUGCAAAUACCAAGCAAGGUGUUUUUGGAGAUGAGGAUUGA